AAAUUGCUCUGCCUUAAAGCGCAAGCGACGGCAACCCAACAACCGCUUCACUCUCAUCUCCCUUUCUCCCGAAACCUAAUUUUUUCCCUCUUCUUCUAAAUGAGAACCCCUCCAACUCCUUCGCGAUGCUCUGCUCCGGUUCCAGAUCCAUACUGGUUCGGAUGGCCGCCGGCGAUUUCCUUGCCGCCAUUAUUGCCUUCGCGGCCGUGAUAUCCACCGCAAGCGGUCAGUUCGAUAGCUGCAACUCCGAUGUGGCCAUUCUUCUCCCCCCUCCGUUCAAUGCCUCCGUUUUCACCUGCCGCGCCAUCUGGAACAGCUUCAUCCUAAGGUACUCCCAGCGUCCAGAUAACAUUCUGACCAUCGUGCUCUCUGCUCCCUAUACCUCCGGCUGGGUUGGCAUGGGAUUUUCCAAUGAUGGACUAAUGGUUGGCUCCAGUGCGAUGGUUGGCUGGAUUGGAAGAGCAGGCAAAGCACAUAUCAGACAGUUCUAUCUCCGCGGCCAGUCUUCUUCUCAGGUUCUUGUAAAUGAGGGCCGUUUGCUGCGAACUGCCGUUAAGCCUGCCGUUCUUCUUUACGGUUCCAGCAUCUAUUUUGCAUUUCAGUUGAAAUUCUUAGCUCCUGUUGCCGAGAAGAAGCUCCUCUUUGCCUUUGCGACUGAAACCCCAAAUGGUUUUCACCUCACAAAGCAUGAUGAUAAAGUGUCCAUUAACUUCGAUUUCUCAGCAGGUUCUUCAUCUGGUUCCACAUAUCCCUAUAAACUGAAAAGGAACCAUGGCGCAUUAGCCAUAAUUGGCUGGGGUGUGCUACUCCCUAUCGGUGCAAUGAUUGCAAGAUAUUGUAGAGAUUGGGAUGUCCCCUGGUUUGAACUUCAUAUAGCCUUCCAGUUUGCUGGAUUUCUCUUCGGGCUUGCUGCUGUGCUUACUGGAAUCUCACUGUACAACAAAAUACAUGCAAAUGUUACAGUUCACCGAGGAAUCGGCAUCUUUCUACUGGUGCUCGGCAUCCUUCAGGUCCUUGCAUUUUUCGUUCGCCCCGACAAGGACUCGAAGAUCCGCAGGUAUUGGAAUUGGUACCACCAUUGGGUUGGCAGGCUUCUGCUCUUCUUUUCAGCAAUCAAUAUUAUUCUUGGCAUCAGAAUUGGAGAAGCAGGAACACCAUGGAAGGUUGGGUAUGGCUUUAACCUCUCAAUCAUCUUGUUAGCUUGCAUCUUUGGAGAGAUCAUGCUAUGGGGCAGAUUAUCAAGGAAAUCUGUACCUGCACCACCUUCUUAACUGAUGCAGAGCUCUGAAACAAAGGUGGAUAAUUCUUCUCUGUUAUAAUUUGCCUUAGAUCAGUACUUAACAAUCAAUCUACACAACUGAUCUCUUUCUGCUUCCUUUGCUUCUGUAAUUAUGGCGUGUUGGUCGAUGUUUGAGGAAGCAAUGAUGAAUCUCAUUGUUUGCUAGUGCAUUUGAGAUACUUUAGAGUUGUUUGAUUAGAUGUAAAAUAAAAGUUUGAUAUUAUAUUUUUGUGUUUGAUUUAUGAUAACAUGAAAUCAUUGUAAUACCGGCAUCGGACGAUGGUAGAAACGACCGGAAGUCGUAGCAGAGGCAACUUGUGUGUAAAUAGUGAAUUUAAAGUUCUUCAAAAUCUUACACUAUUUGAUUUACAUUAUACCUGUAAUGCAGGCUACCAAAUGGCCCCUUGACCAUGGCUUUUUGGUUUAGAUUUGACUUUUCUAUUUGUUCUUUUGGUUUUGAA